GAGAGAGAGAGAGAGAGAGAGAGAGAGAGAGAGAGAGUAUCACUCAGUUCCAGCAAAAGUAGUUGGCUGCAGCAGCUGCAGAACUUCACGCGAGUCUGUUGCAGGUGUAGCUACACUCCACAAGAGCGCGAGUCAGUCUGAGAUGCUUCAAUAAUGGAGGUUUCGAUCCAAUCGGAGAUGCUCGGUGUCCGUUAACGAAAAUUUUGACAGCACUAACAGGACAUACGGCAGCAGCACAAGUGUGCCACGAGGGAGACACAAGCGACUCUGCUCGCGCAGUGGGGAAUAAUAUGUUCCAGGGCCUCGUGAGCAUGGCGUCAAACCCACUGGGAGCACCUCCGACCUUCGAGUCUGGGACCUUCCUGCACAGCCCCUCGGCCACAGCGGCGGCCACCUCUCCUGUCUAUGUGCCACCGGUCAUCUCCGCGCUGCCAUACCGACAGACCCCUCACCCGUCGCCCUCGCAGCAGUCGGUCAGCGUGGGGAGUUCCUGGGCGCACGCGGGGGUCUCCUCCGAGUCGGACACUGCCGGUGGCACCUACGCGAGCUCCGUGAACAUCUCCACGUACAACACAGCCAGCGGCAGCACGCGACACCUCCACUCUCCGACCUCCAUAAACAUCUCCACCACCGGUAGAGAGGCUUACGGGGCCCAGCGGUCCAUCAUCAACAGCGGCUCAUACCCCAGCCCCUACUCGGCCUAUGUGAGCUCUGGCCUGGGCAUGGGCAGUGGCUGGCCGGCCUCCCCGUUUGACGGCUCUGCGGUGAUCCACAGUCUUCAGGCCGGGGCAGGGAGGCAUCACGGUUUCGACUACUGUGACGAUGUGAUGGAGGGGAGAGAGUGUGUAAACUGCGGCGCCAUGUCCACACCCCUGUGGAGGCGAGAUGGUACGGGCCAUUACCUCUGCAACGCAUGCGGACUCUACCACAAGAUGAACGGCAUCAACCGGCCCCUCAUCAAGCCACAGAGGAGACUGUCUGCCUCUAGGAGAGUGGGUCUGAGUUGUACUAACUGCCACACGACGACCACGACACUCUGGAGGAGGAACAGUGAGGGCGAGCCGGUCUGCAACGCAUGCGGACUAUACAUGAAGUUACACGGGGUGCCUCGUCCGCUGGCCAUGAAGAAGGAUGGCAUCCAAACUCGCAAACGCAAACCCAAGAACCUCAGCAAGGGUGCUGAAAGCCACGCCCCUUCCAGCACUCCCAGCGCCGGUAGCGUUGAGCACCCUCGACCAAUCAAAACAGAGCCUGAGACACACGCACUCUACUCACACCAACACCUCCACUCGCAGGUGUCCGGCCUUCCUGCGUACAUGGGCACUCACACACACCCACACACACACAUGGGGAGUGCCACCCUGAAGCUGGCAACAGCCGGAGCUCCGACACACACACACUCACACACUCACGCACACACACACUCACACACACACUCUCACACACACUCUCUGCCACUGCACCCGACACCCUCAAGCACAAAGACUGAGCCAUGGAGCAGUCUCAUCCUUGCGUAACAC